AUGGAGCGGAGGCGCAGGGACUGGGACGCCGAGCUCGCCAGCACCCGCCCCUUCCUGCCUCGGCGGAACCCGAGCCCGGAAGUCUCCUUCGGACUGCAGCUCCGCGCGCUGCGCAAGGCCGAGCUGUCCGGCCUCUGCCAGUGGGGCGCCGCCAGUCACUCCUGGAGGAACGAUCCACCCGCAGGACUGCCUAGCCAAUUGGAAAAAUCCGGCCCCUCAAGGCGGACCAAUCAGCGCGCUGCCGCCUGCACAGAACGUUGCGGCGACCGCACGCCUUAUAACACCGGAAGUGAGCGAGACAGGGGAAAGCGGGAGGCUGGGACGCGCCCGCGCGACGCCUGCGCAGAGGUGCAGGCUGAAGUACGCAAAGCCGGGCGCACACGCUUCCGGACUACGAGGCACUUGAGCCGCAGCCAGGCCGGCCCGUUUGGGCUGUGGUGCGGCUGCGCGGUACAACUCCCGGCUCUGAUUGGCCCGCGCUCCAGGGCAGGGCGGGUGAAGGCGGCCUGGGCUCCGCGCUUCGAGUGCGCGGGCGGGCGGAACCGAGGCGCCGGGAGAGCGCUUGCUUCCUGCUUCGUCGUCCUGAGCUCCGCAGGCCGCGGGGGAGCGCGGGAGGAGGGCAGCGCCGCUGCCUCGCUGCGGAGGCCGGGCGGCGUGAACGGCGGCGAGGAGCCGGACCCGGGUCGGGGCGAAGACGGCGGUGACUGCGGGGACGAGGAGCGGAGCGGAGACGAGGCGGCGGGUGGCGGCCCGGCGGAGGAGCCAGGGGAUGACCAAGACAGUGAGCAGUCAAAGCCCGCAGGCUCGGACGGUGAGCGUCGAGGGGUGAAGAGGCAGCGGGAUGAGAAGGAUGAGCAUGGCCGUGCAUACUACGAGUUUCGAGAGGAGGCUCACCACAGCCGCUCCAAGUCUCCACCACCUCCUGAGGAAGAGGCAAAGGAGGAAGAGGAAGAUCAUACUCUUGUGAACCUGGACACGUACACCUCGGAUCUUCACUUCCAAGUGAGCAAAGACCGAUACGGAGGGCAGCCACUCUUGUCAGAGAAGUUCCCCACCCUCUGGUCUGGGGCAAGGAGCACAUAUGGAGUAACAAAGGGAAAAGUCUGCUUCGAGGCCAAGGUAACCCAGAAUCUUCCAAUGAAAGAAGGCUGCACAGAGGUGUCUCUUUUCCGAGUUGGGUGGUCUGUUGAUUUUUCCCAUCCUCAGCUGGGUGAAGAUGAGCUCUCUUAUGGCUUUGAUGGACGUGGACUCAAGGCAGAGAACAGCCAGUUUGAAGAGUUUGGCCAGGCUUUUGGGGAGAAUGAUGUCAUUGGCUGCUUUGCUAACUUUGAGACUGAAGAAAUAGAACUGUCCUUCUCCAAGAAUGGAGACGAUCUAGGUGUGGCAUUCCGGAUCAGCAAGGACUCCCUGGCAGACCGCGCCCUCCUGCCCCAUGUCCUCUGCAAAAAUUGUGUUGUAGAAUUAAACUUUGGUCAGAAGGAGGAGCCCUUCUUCCCGCCCCCCGAAGAGUUUGUGUUCAUCCAUGCUGUGCCUGUCGAGGAGCGCGUGCGCACUGUGGUCCCACCGAAGACCGGAGAGGAGUGUGAGGUGAUUCUGAUGGUGGGACUGCCUGGAUCUGGAAAGACCCAGUGGGCAUUGAAAUACGCAAAAGAAAACCCUGAGAAAAGAUACAACGUCCUGGGAGCUGAGACUGUGCUCAGUCAGAUGAGAAUGAAGGGGCUCGAGGAGCCAGAGAUGGACCCCAAAAGUCGUGACCUUUUAGUUCAGCAAGCCUCCCAGUGCCUUAGUAAACUGGUCCAGAUUGCUUCUCGGACAAAGAGAAACUUCAUUCUUGAUCAGUGUAACGUGUACAACUCUGGCCAGCGGCGGAAGCUAUUGUUGUUCAAGACUUUCUCGAGGAAGGUGGUGGUGAUCGUCCCUAAUGAGGAAGAUUGGAAGAAGAGGCUGGAGCUGAGGAAGGAAGUGGAGGGAGACGAUGUGCCUGAAUCCAUAAUGCUGGAGAUGAAAGCCAACUUCUCUCUGCCUGAGAAAUGUGACUACAUGGAUGAGGUGACAUAUGGGGAGUUGGAGAAGGAAGAAGCUCACCCCAUUGUCACCAGGUACAAGGAGGAGGCCAGGAAGCUGCUGCCCCCAUCAGAGAAGCGCACUAACCGCCGGAACAACCGGAACAAGCGCAACCGCCAGAACCGAAGCCGGGGCCAAGGCUAUGUGGGCGGGCAGCGCCGAGGCUACGACAACCGGGCCUACGGGCAGCAGUACUGGGGGCAGUCUGGAAACAGAGGGGGCUACCGUAACUUCUAUGACCGCUACCGAGGAGACUAUGACCGUUUCUAUGGACGAGACUACGAGUACAACAGAUACAGAGACUAUUACAGACAGUACAAUCGGGAUUGGCAGAAUUACUACUACCACCACCCGCAGGACAGGGACCGGUACUACAGGAACUACUAUGGUUACCAAGGGUAUCGGUGAAGCCUGUGUGGUCGCCUGUCCACCAUGAAGCUGGAUCUCCUGGGGUGCCAGGCACCCUCCAAAACACAACCAAGGAAAACAGGGGCUGCUGGGAUGGGGCUGAGCUGCCGGGAGGGGCGGUGGGGGGAGGGCGUGCAAGCGGGAGGGGGUGGGAGGGUGGAAACCAACGACAAAACUGUACAUUUUUUUUAAAAGUUUGUUGAAAAGAAUAUUGUCUUAUUCUAUAAAACAUUUCAAACCUAGUUAGAUAUUUGUAAUCCAAAAACAUUUGCGCAGAACUAGGGCUGCCUGUUCUGUACCUGCAGUGGCGAGGGUCACCUCUGACGCUGGCGGCGGGCGGCGACGCAGCAGGCGCGGUGGGAGGAGGAAGGUGCUCUGCGGCAGGUAGGAGCAGGCAGGGCGGGCCAGGGCGCUUGUGACCACCGGGCAGCGAAAUAAACGAUCAGCUCUGGGCGAUCACUUCACCAACUAA